UCACGUCCGUAAAACCCACUGAUUUUUUUACUACACGUUUUAUGAGAACAAGACAUUUUCUAGGAAGAUGGUGGCAGAAAAAGAGACCCUGAGCGUAAACAAAUGCCCAGAGAAGAUGCCGAAGAGGAGGACCAAGCUGCAGGCGCAGCAGCCGCUCCUGGCGCACCAGCCUCACUCCCUGGUUUCUGAGGGCUUCACAGUCAAAGCCAUGAUGAAAAACUCAGUCGUGAAAGGCCCGCCCACGGCAGGUGCAUUUAAGGAGAGACCGACCAAGCCCACAGCCUUCCGGAAAUUUUACGAGCGCGGAGACUUCCCCAUCGCCCUUGAGCAUGACACGAAAGGGAACAAGAUCGCGUGGAAGGUGGAGAUCGAGAAGCUGGACUACCACCACUACCUGCCCCUGUUUUUCGACGGGCUCUGCGAGAUGACCUUUCCCUACGAGUUCUUCGCGCGGCAGGGCAUCCACGACAUGCUGGAGCACGGCGGGAGCAAGAUCCUCCCCGUCAUCCCGCAGCUCAUCAUCCCCAUCAAAAAUGCCCUGAACCUCCGGAACCGACAGGUCAUCUGUGUGACGCUCAAGGUCCUGCAGCACCUGGUGGUGUCGGCGGACAUGGUGGGCGAGGCCCUGGUGCCCUACUACCGUCAGAUCCUCCCCAUCAUGAACAUCUUUAAGAACAUGAACCGUGAGUGACCCCGGGAGGCGGAGUGUCCUCAGUCUGAAAAGAGGG